AUGUGGAGCCUGGGUGUGACGCAGUCUUGUUGCGUGGUCAGGACCACCAGUCACCAAGCAGCAGAAGAAGGCCACGCUAACCAACGUGAUGUGUACGACCAACGCACCAGCACGCGCAACAAGCCUGCGCCGGUCUCGAACACCGCCUUCAUGGCCUCGGUCGCCGCUACGAUAGCCACGCCCACCAGCGUCAUGUUCGUCUACACCGCCACGGCCUCAGAAAUGGCACUGUCCAGGCUUCGACGCCGCCACGAGUUCGCCAAACGAUGCGCCACCUCCACGCGCUGCACCGCAUCCCGCAUUCACACGUCCGAUCCAAUCGACGCCAGCGCCGACACAACAAACUUCGUCACGCUCGCCGUGCUAGCACCAUCGCGCGCCUGCACGCCGUCAAACACUAUCGCACUCAUUGACGAGCCCAUGUCACGCCCGUACACACCACGCCCAGUACUCCGACCACACCGUCGCGCUCACGCCGCCCUGCACGCUCGCUCGCCCGUCACCAGUGCCACCGUUGCCGCCGUAUCCGCCGCCGCUGCCCUUCACGCUCGCUCGCCCGUCACCAGUGCCACCGUCGCCGCCGUAUCCGCCGCCGCUUCGCGCUAG